GGUGCAGUUUAUAUGGUGCAGUUUAUAUGUAGAUCUGGGGCCGAGUGUAACCUUAGCCCGUGUGGACACUCUGACGCUUUCCUGUCGGGGUAGUCGCUCACUGUGUUUGUUCCCUCUGAACUUUACUUUCUGCAGACUACAUUCUCACCAAAGACUUUGGUGUAUUUUCAGAGGAGAGGACUUGACUCGUUGCUUACUGCCUCGCGGAGAGGGAGACAUCCACCGCAUCUUGUUGAGGAGGAGAGUUCACAACCCAGACUGCGCACCCAGUUCUCACUCCGCCCAGCCGCCACGGCAACGAGAUAUCAACAAACCCUUUCCCACCUCCAGCCGACUCUGCUGCUUCCACAACCAUGGAGCCUACCGAAGCCCCUUCCCACGCCAAACCCCAAACAACGACUCCCUCCAACCCCCCAACUACCAACACCGCCUCCCGCUCUCCCGAGGAAAUCGCCCGCCUCCUCGCAGGCUGGCAAAUAACCCCCGAAACCCACGCCCACAUCCUGCACACCCGCAUCCUGCCAACCGUCCUCCACCCCUUCCUCCCCGCCGCCGAGGAGAGCACUGCCAACCCCCAACCGCAACCACAACCACAACCGCUAGCCGUCCUCCUCCUCGGCCAAACCGGCGCCGGCAAAACGCACCUAGCGCCCCUCUUGGCCAACGCCUUUUCCCAACAACCCCCAUCCCCAUUCCCAUCCCCUUCCACCUCCCCACCCCAACCCGGAUCCCAACCCCUCCCCCAACACCCCCCUCUUUCCACUCCCCAACCCACCCCCCCCGGACAACCCCCCCAUCCAAACAGAAGAAGAAACCCCCCCCUCCACCUAACAGCAGACGCCUACAAAACCCACCACCCCCACUUCCACACCUGCCUGGCCGCCCUCCCCGCAACCCCCCACCUCGCAUCCCGCCUCGCCGGUCCCGACGCAGCGCGCUGGCUGGAAGAAGUCUGCGCGGCGGCGGCGCAGGCGCGGGUCGAUGUGCUGGUGGAGACGGCGUGUCGGAGGGGGGGUGGUGGGGAGGGGAUGGGGCGGUUGGUGGGGGGGUUUGUACAAAAGGGGUAUGGGGUGAGGGUGGUGGUUUUGGGGGUGGCCUCCGGGGUGAGUUGGUUGGGGGUUGUGGGGCGGUUUUGGAGGGGGGUAAUGGAAAUGGAGGUAGAGAAAGGGGGGGAGGGGGAGGUUAAGGGGGAUGGGGAGGGUGGGGAUGGGAAGAAGGGGGAUGGGGGGAAUAGAGAAAAGGGGGAGGGGAGAGAGGACAAGGAAAAAGGUGGUAGACAGUGCGAGCUUGGCGGGCCAAUGCCGCUGAGGCUUACACCCAGAGUGGUGCAUGACGAGAGCUUAGAAGGGCUCCGCGGUGCUGUGGGGUGGCUAGAUGGCGAGGGCGCGCGGGCAUCGGAAGACGACAAGGGGCGGGUGGAAAGGGUUGUUGUGGUCAGAAGGGGGUUGGGGGUUGUGUACGACAAUAAAAGGAUAAAAGGGGGAAGGUGGGAAAAGGAGCCCGGCGCGUUGAAAGCGUUGGAACGCGAGUGGGGGAGGGCAUUGACAGAAGAGGAGAGACGGACAGCGGAGGAGGAUAUCAAGAUGUUGAUGAACCUAAAAAAACCGGAUGUGGAUCGGGAGAUCGAGGAGGUUCAGAAACUCAUUGCUGGGCUGGGGGCCACAGACGGGGCGAUGCCAGACAUGGUGCCGUUUGACGCGGUAGACUUCAUCCACAAGGAGUUGAGUUAGCCAGCCGAGGUCUAUCACCACAUCUGCCGUCUGAGAGCAGGUUCCAGCUCCACAAUGGAAACGCUCAGGCA